AUGGGUACCUCAACACGACGUGUUGACGAGGAGCUUGACUACAAUAUCAACACAUCAACACUAGACCGUGCUUUCCCCGAAUUUUCGCAAAUACAGACCUCCGAGGAGGAGGAACACGAGUUGGACGACGAUUUUUUGCAUAGCGAUUUGGACAUGUCCGUUGAGGUGGGACGCGGUGCUGCCAAACCACCGCGCGACGACUCGCGCAGCUCCAUGAUGAGCUUCGAGAAUAGUGUACGCUCAUCUUCGCCCGCAAUGCGCGUUGAAUACCCAACACCACAAAAGCCAGUUGCGGCCACGCGUCCGUCGCGUCGCGCAGUCAGUGAAAACCUACGAAAGAACGCUCAGGUGCGACGAGCGACGCAAGCGCAACAAGAAACCAUGAGCCCGCAAGUGUCGAAGGCUCAACGUGACCAGCGGAGGACAUUCUCUGACAUGCAUGCAAAAGUGCGCGACAGCUACGAGGGUUCAUUUUUGGGAGACGAACGACCAGCCCCUAUUGCGACGAAGGCGCGUUCGACGCGUUUUGGAAACGCAAACACCUCACAGGAGAUUGCAGACGCAAUCGAGCGAGCUUCGCGGGACGCCUACGCGAAGGAAGUUCGCAAAUCGGCUUCCAACGCCGCGGAAACUCCUCGCAAAAGCAGUGCCAAUGCAGCCAACACCAACACUAUCGGUGAUACCAUGACCCACCAAUCAUUCCUUCUUCCCGACCUCCCUAACAUCUCUGAACUCGUCUCCGGUGUGUACGAAGAUGGCACACCGGUUUACUCCCGACAGAGCAAGAUGCGCUCGACCCGAUUUGUUUCCCCACUUCAUGAUCAUACAGACGUGUCUCUCCCCCACGAGCAUAUGCCGCUGGAUGCAGUGCCCGUCCCCGAAGAUGAGAAGGCCUUGUUUGUCCAUCUGAGACUACUUCAGGAUAAGGUCGCAGAACUGGAGAUGUUCAAGUCGGAGGCAGAGAGAAGAUUGGACAGCUACCGCCAGGAAAAUUCUUCUUUGAAGGCGAACAGACCACGCCAGUCAUCGGCAAAAUACGAACCAGACGAUAAUGCGCACAAAAAGGGAUCCAAGCGCUUGGAAAACGAGAACCAAAAGUUAGACGCAGCCAAUCUCGCUUUACAAAACCAGUUGGACAUUGCCGACCGAAAGGCCCAGGUCCAAGAGUCUGCCAUCAAGCGCUUGAAUCAUGAUAGAGAGUCGGCUAUCUCACAACUUGGGGCCGCUUAUCUCGAAACUCGAGAGCUGAAGGCCGAGAAUGAUGAAUUGCGACAGGAAAAUGCGGAUCUCAAGUCCCAGAUCAGCCGACUUAGGGGCCGCAAGGCUCGUGAACAGGACACCGUCGAAUCCGACGCUAGUUCAGCCGUGUCUGAGGAUGCCGACGACAGCCAACUUUACACUGAGCGCAGUGGAGACGCUAGUCGGAGCACCAGAGACAUUACCUCAAAAAGCAACCGCUCCACCACAAGGACCAGACGCCAGGAUGACUCCCGCUCCAAAGUGUCUACUCAAGUGGACAGGGAAUUUUCUCGACUUGAAAAGGAACGUGCCGAUGAGGCUCUCUUCUCUAUUGAGGUGCCUCAAUCAAGGCGUACAUCAACUUCUAAGCCAUCAAAGUAUGUGUCUCGCUCUUCUGAAUCAAAGAGCUCCCGGAAACAACCCAAUACGAGCAAACAGCGCGUGAAGCGAGUGGUAGUUGAAGAUGUGACUGGACCCGAGGUGUCCGAGCAGACAAGGGCGUCAUCUGAAACAGACGUUACUCUGUUGAGUGUUAUUGAUGAACAUGAAAUCUCUCGUCUACGCAAGACACUAGAAGAAGAAAGAAUGAUGCGCAAGCAACGACGUUCGAGUGCCCCUAAGGAAUCCAAUCCUACAGAGACUGUCAAUUCGACUAGACAGAGCAUUUUGAAAACCCCUGCCCCUCGCAAGUCAUCUCUUCGCGAGUCCAAAGCAGAAAUCCCUCGCCCAGCCUCUGCUACUGGAGAUAUUACCACCGCCUCGAAGGAAAAUGCCGAUGGAGACAGUAGUCUCACAGUACCUACUGCAGAGCGUUCCCGGCGCCAUUCAGAUAAUUCGUUGCCUACAACUUCCCAGCGCAAGAAGCAGCGUAAUGUCACUGACAUGACCUCCGCUUUCAUCCUUCCUGAUAUCACCCUUCAGCACAUCGACUUGGCAGCGGCUGACCUAUCUAAGCUACCACAAGCCACCCAGAAAGCAUUGGAUAGCAUUGCUCGACACAACGGACAGAACUGCACAGUUUGCAAUUGUCACUCCACUGACGGCACCUGCAGUCACGAGUCUGUGAAGAUCGUCAAACCCAUUCCUGUGUCAGAGCGUAUGCCCAAGCCAUCCGUCUGGAACGAAGAUCCCACAAUGCGCCCCUCGCAAGCCCCUGCCCUCGCUCUUGCUACUGUUCUCAAGGGCCUAGAAGACGAGCUUUCUCACCUGAAGAUGCAACUAGCCACAUAUCAAAGCGCCUACAACAAGCUUGACGCAUCCCUUGGCAAGCGCCCGCGCAAGGCCCUGCAAGAAAAGAUAGAUAAAAUUUUCAAGGACAUCGAUAUGAAGUCCGACCAAAUCUACGCUCUCUACGAUGUUUUGGAGGGCCAAAAGCAAGACGGUCGUGAGAUGACCGAGCACGAAAUGGAAGCGACUCUUGAGUCAAUUGGAAUUGACGUCGGUAUGUCCCAUGCACCUGAUGUCACUGGUACUACCGAUAAGUCUUCUCGUCACGGCCAGAUCGACCUGGAUGAUGAAGAGGAUUUGCCUUGGGAGGGCAUUGAGAGCACUACUGAGAUGACAGGCCACCUUUCUCUGCGUGGUCUGAGCUGA